UAUAAAUGCAAUAACAAUAGCAAAUAUAUGAGCAAUAUGAUGCUCUUUGUUUUGGAGAGGAAUAGGAGGAACAUUUAAAAAAUUUAAUUCAUUUAUUAAAAACUAAAAGGAGAAAGCCAAAGCCUUAGAUUAUUCAAAAAGAUGAUGAAGAAGGCUAUUAAUUUGAUACUUUGAAGGAGGUUAAAGAGAAUGGUUCACAUUUAUCUAAUCUUUCAUCAGAUACUCAUUAAACUUUUAUUUCAAUCAACAUUACCGAUUAUGAAGCAAGAUAAUUAUAAAAAAUGUUAGAGGAUUUAUUUAAGGAGUUUAAAUAACAAUAAUGCGAAAAAGAAAGAUAUAAAAAGGCUUAUUCAGAAUUGUAUUAAAAUUCUUAAUCUGGAAUUAAAGAAAUUUAAAAAAAAAUUAGUAAUUCUGAUGUAGUGUAAAAUAACAAAAAGAUUGAAUCUUAAGAUAUUAAAUAUUCUACAGAUAACUCAAAUAAAACGAGCAAGAAAGUUUUAAAUCCAAAUCAAAUAGUAUAGAGUUUAAGAAAAUUAAAUACCACAUAUUAAAAAUAUUUGGAUGAGAUAAGAAAAUCUAAGUAACAUAAUCACAGUGAUUAGGCUUUUAAUUAAUUAAGACAAAAGGUUGAGAAAUUUUAAGAAUAACAACAAAAUAUGAAGAAAGAUAUAUUAAUUCUUUAAGAAUGUCGAACAAUAUUGAAUGAAAAUGAAAAAAUAUUGUUAGAACAUGAUUAGGAAUUGAUAGGAAUAAAUUAAAUAUUUUAGAGAUGAG